AUGCUUGAGGACGAUACCAACCAUUAUUCCCUCAUCCGAUACAUGAACGAUUUUAAAGAGCUGGAUACGCUGAUUUUAAAGUAUUUCCCCAAACAACGGAUUCCUUUACCGAAAUUAGCUAAUCCUUCAGAUACUUCAAAAAAGCGAUCGUUGUUUUCUUUGAAAAAGAAGUCAAACACCGAAUUACUUGAACAGUACCUCCAUCGCUGUAUUUACGGUCUUAUUGGUCAGUCCUCGCUUUUUCGUGAUUUUCUAUCGGCUCAAAGAGAUGAGGAUAGAAUCAUUUCAAAGGUAGAUGUACGCCAACUUGUCACACAACAUGUUGUACAAGCCUCAUUUCCUGAGCAACAUCAAGAUCCUUUUCACAAAAACAUCAAUGACUAUCAAUUAAUUAAGGUGUUAGGACAAGGAGCCGCUGGCAAGGUUAUACUAGUAAGAGAAAACGCCUCACGUAAGCUCUAUGCUCUCAAGGCCAUCAACAAGUCUUGGAACAUUACUAAACGAGAAGUGGAUAACCUGAAAAUGGAACGGGAUAUUUUAGCAACAUUAUCACAAAUAUACCAUCCAUUUAUCAUUCAACUCCAAAGCGCUUUCCAAGAUCAACAAAACUUAUAUUUGGUGUUGGAAUACCACGCUGGAGCUGAUUUAGCCACUUUAUUACAACGUUACAUCAAAUUCCCAGCAGAGCAAUGUCGAUUGUACGCAGCGGAGAUGUUGAUGGGACUACAAGAAUUACACCGUCAUCAUAUCCUCUAUCGAGAUCUAAAGCCAGAAAACGUGUUACUAGCAGCUGAUGGUCACAUUGUCUUGACUGAUUUCGGGUUGUCCAAAAUGUUCGAAGGAGAAGAUAAGUAUGAGCACCGUACCAUGUCAUUCUGUGGCACGCCUGAAUAUUUGGCGCCAGAAAUUAUCCGACAAGAAGAAUACUCGUACGCAGCCGAUUAUUGGAGUCUAGGCACAAUGAUGUAUGAAAUGAUUACGGGCGUCACUCCUUUUAUGGCAGACAACUUACAGGAUAUGUACACGCGAAUCGUAUAUGGGGACUUGCUCUUUCCUCAUGGAUUUGAUCCGGAAGCCAUGAACAUCAUUGCUGGACUAUUAGAACGUGAUCCUCUGGAUAGAUUAGGAGCUGGGUUCGGUGGUGUAUUUGAGUUAAGAACUCAUGCUUACUUUGCCGGUCAUUUGAGUUGGAAGGAUGUGCAUGCAAAGAAGAUCCGGCCUCUCUAUGUGCCUCCAAGGGCCUCAGAAACAGAUCUCAGUAACUUUGACCCGGAAUUCUUAAACAUGUCCACUCAUCUGAAGGAAGAGAAUGAUCAAGCCAUCAUUCUGAGACAAAAAUGGCUACCUGAUACUUGUCCUGCUGGUUUGGUCAAGGACGCUUUCAGAGGUUUCUCAUUUGCUGACAAGAAUACGAAUCUUGAUAUGCCAUACGAAUCAGAAUUAUCUUUUCUCAGCGAUGAAUACAUGCUGUAUGGCGAAGAAGACGAUGACGAGUUCAUAUGUAGUACAGAUGUUGAUUAUUAUGCUAAUAAUAUUCUCUCUGUUUCCCAUAAACCAUUCAAGCUACAAUGUUAA